AUGGACUUUCGUUCAUCGGCUAUGGGUCAAUUUCAAUUACUUAGCACGUUAUGUUCAUUUGCGAACAGAACAAUACAAGAUGCUAUUGAUGAUCUUCUCUCAGACACUCUACUAAGCCCACAAGUUCUGACAGCAAAAUCACUCGAUGUACAAAGUCAAACACAACAUAUGUUUUGGCGAACAUCAACAACGAAUGGUUUUCGUCGACUUCUUGAUCUCGUACGUAGCACAACUCACAGUAAUAGUUUGCAGCCGUCACUACAAACAACAAAAAUGCAUUUGUUGCACGUAUUUCCGAACGGUUCAAUCGAUGCUUAUCCGUUGGAUACCAUAUGGGCUUUAAACCGUUCCACAGAAUGUUUUUGUGGUUCUACACGGAAUUGUUCAUUGCCAUCUGGCUUUUUUAGUCGCUUCGCUUAUGAAAGUGAAGGAUACUUUGCAUUGCCUCGAUCAUCUUUGGCAAAUGUAACUGGAUUUAAAGUUUCAUGCUAUGCACUUGAAUCACUACAUCAGUCAACACUUGAAUGUUUCUUCAAUUCAGCAUGCCUCAAUAUUGUUCUCAGAUAUUUUCCAUUAAGUAACAACACACGUAUCUAUGCUCUUGACAUUAAUCAAACACAAUACGCGCCUAACACAAGCAUUGAAAUACUUGUCAACAAUCUUUUUAUUGAAAACUGGUUUUCAAACAGUCUUUUUUCAGUCUACUACUUACAAUGUGCUCCUAUUUCGUGCACAUAUAAAUUUACAGAAAAAAAGAGUGCUCUGCAUGUGCUGACUAUUUUGUUAGGUCUCUAUGGUGGACUUACAACUGCGCUUCGUUUAUGUGUACCCCUCGUCAUUCGAUGGUGGAGAAAGCGCAACCUUCAAACAAAUCCCAAUGCACGUAAGUUUAUUUUUAAUUUUUCUGUAAUAAAGUGUAAAAACAUACCUUGCUCUAUUAGCUGUCAGCUUAACCGAGCGCUACCGAGUACAGUGGCAGUGGAUUCGAAAUCAAUUGAACGAGUUAAAUUUGUUCAACUCAAAUGCUAUACGCACUGAUCCUUUUGAAUUCAAAACGGCAAAAAUAUCUACUCGCGUCUAUCUUUUUCUCACAUUUCUGUCCGUGGUCAUUAUUGCUAUAUAUACAAUGUUGUCUUAUCAAACUCAAACUGUUACUAUUCAAAACCCAUCUCAAAUGACCUUUGAACAUUUGUACAACAAAUAUCACAGCACAAUUCAAUGUCCAUGUAGUGAUAUGGCCAUUGAAUAUAAGUCAUUCGCUUUAUUAUCUCCUGAAUUUUACCCAUUAUGUUCGAGCUUGUUCAUAUCCAACGCUUGGAUUGUUUCUACGUCGAGUCUGAAUACGGAAGACUCAGUAUUUGAUUUGGUGGACUUUCGUGUAUCUGGUCAAACAUUUUUUGACACUCUGGCCACACUAUGUUCCCUCUCACAAACGACUGUGAACAAUAGUUGGUACGAUUUUAGUCAAAAUUCCUUCGUUACCAAUUUAGUAUUGCCCGAAUUAGAAUUCAAAACUCGUAUAGAAAUUAUACUCGAACAAUUUAAAAAGAGUACAAUAGCCGAAUUCAAACAUAUUCUCUCACUUAUUGAAGCACAUACAAGAACUAUGUAUGCUACAGGAUAUGAAGACAUUUUACUGAACACCAAUCAAUCUUCAAAUACUACUACACCAAUUGAUUUUGGCUGGAUGCCAUCAGAAUCAACUACAUGUUCUUGCGGAAUCGACGAUGAAUGUCGAGAUGAGAUAGCUUUUUUUAAUUACACAGAUAACACUAUCUAUAAUCCAUACUAUGUGGAUUUUACUCUUCAAAAUAUGUUCGUGGGUUGCUUCGUUAUUUCAUCCAUUUAUCAAUCUACACUCGAAUGCUUUUUCAAUCAAACAUGUUUGGAUCUUGUACAAGUCGGGAUAAAAUCGAGUAAAUCGAUCAAUAUAUCUAUUCUUCAGACGAAUACUACUCAAUUCUCACCUCAAACCCCUAUCGAAACGAUAGUUGAUCAUCUCAUGGUUGAAACAUGGAAUGAAAAUAGCCAAUAUGACAUAUACUACAAGAAAUGUGCACCUAAACAGUGUACAUAUAUAUUGACGUCGCGCAACAAUCCAUUGCAGAUAGUCAUAACACUUGUCGGCAUGUUCGGUGGUCUUUCAGUGGCGCUGAAAAUCAUUACUCCACGCAUCGUCUCAUGGAUACGGAAUCGAAUUCGUCGAAGGAUCGAAACAAACAAUUCAGUAGGCAAGUCAUCUUGUGUCUGAUGGUCAUCAAUUUGAUUUUCAUGUUUUUGUAUGAUAACCAUAACUUUUUCUUGAGUAUAUUUCAAGGCUAAAAACAAAAUAUUUAAGGAAUGAGUAAUCAAUCAUUACUUGCUGAACGAUUAGUAGCGUGUGGUACCCGUUUCUGACCCAAUAGGCGUUGCUAAAAGCGUACUGUUGGUGGUUCUCGGGAAUCAAUAUCGUAAAAAGAUCACCACAAGCCUAUGGCUGAGAGCAAGAUCCUUGUAAGAACCUUACAGCAAAAAAAAUUAUCCUUGAUGUGUCUUCACAAAUAUGCUUUAGAAAUUUUAUAGCUCACUGGAACCAAAAAAAAUCGAUUUUUUUCCGGUUUACAAUGCGCUUACAUAUUAUUAUGAAUUGAUUUCUAUCGUCCGACACUGUCACUGAGAUCGAUACCCGAAGUAAAAUAGGUUUUGUUAGACUCUCAGCCUUCCAAAACUUUUGACUUGUACAUAACAAGCCUCAGAACAUUGUGAAUAUAUGCCGGCGAUGACAUCCAUUUUCUUUUAUCGUAAAAUCACGAAAGAGGAACUAUUAUUUCAAGUGUAACUAUGAAAUGUGCUAAUAGCUAUGGAAAACAGUUUUUGUAACAGAUAUACGGAUACUCAUAUUGCUGACUCUUUGAAACUCACCUAACUAUUCAAUGGAACUCCAUUGAGUUUCUAAUUGAAGUGAAAAAUAUCUACUAUGUGUAAUUCUGAAUUGACAACCAGAUUAUAACAUACGAAGGCACGAAUGAUCGAAGAAAAGCGUUAGUCAUCAUAUAGUUUGUAUAUCUCGAACUUUGAAUUUAAUGUUCUAAUACUCACGGAAUAGCAGGUCAAUGUACGAGUUUAUAAAAUUUUACUUGUGAAAAAACUUUUGUUUAGAUUAAAAUGAUUUUUAAAGAUAGUUGACUAAGUUGAACAUUUUCGAUUUUCUGGAUUGCGUAGCAACAUAUUUUAUAAGUAAAUAUACAUCAAAACUCUUCUAUCUUCUCACAUGCUUAUUUACGAAACAAUAGUAGAUUUUUAGUAGAAGGUACUUAAAAAAUGCCCACUUAAUGACAAUAACUGUAGGGUACUGACAAUCUGACUACUUUAUCGAAUUCUGAGACAAAGUUUAAUAUUUUUAAUCAACACAGUUAAUUUUACAACGAUACACGUGUUUCGAGCGAAACAAUCGCCAACAUUGAUUGAAUAUGAGCGAGGCAUACACUGAGAUCACAAGAGGUCUUAUCAUAGCGAGGCAUCUAAUAUUUCUUGUAUUCACUAAUCAGGGAGAAAUUAUUUGGUAACAAGCAGAUUACUUUCCUGAAAGUUAUAUCAUGAAAAUCAUGGGAAACAUAUAUCAAGAGUAUCGUUGUGACUUUGAGUUGUAGAAAUAAUUUUAAAUAGCCCAAAUAAAAACGAUGAGAAACUGAUGAAAGUACCACUGUAACUUGAUUAUUAUCCAAAGAUUAGUCGUCCAAUUUUUUUGCUUACAUGUUCGCAAAAUAAUAAUUAAAAUUGAAUUUGAUUUUUCAUUUUUAACUUCGUAUACAGUAACAUGUUGAUUAAUCAAUUGGUUAACAUAUAAAUGAAUGGACAGUGUCAAUUCAUACGUAUAUUUUUUCUCCGUCGUUUCUAUUAGGAAUUCUCAAUAAAAUUCAUAGAUAUGGUCAACAUACCUCGAAACUAGUAACUCCUGCCUGUCCAAUAAAAAGAUGGACGUGGGUAUUUUUGCAAUAGAUUUCGAUAGGAACAAGAUAGAGACCUGGAGUUUUCACCGUUCGACAGAGGACAGAGAGGGGCAUCGAAACAUGUGAUUUUCAUUGGUCAAUAAAUUGACCAAUCACAUGAAUUCCUGGGUGGACAUUAUUAAGACAGGAUUUUAAAGGUCAAGUUCUGAUGUGGUUUUGACUAGUAAUAACACCAUUCGAUAGCAAAAAUUGUUCUCUGUCGAUCUACGUAAGGCUGAUCUUUCCACGUUGUUCCGUUCAGGAGAUAUAAGGGUUUUCCCGAAACCUCCGUUUUUGGCCACCUUUCCUCUGAUCGCUCUAAAAUAUAUCUAGGGAGGGGUAAUCGGUCAUGCUGAGUCGAGUGGUGAUAUUUUUUUUUUCGUUUCAAAGCGAUCCGACACUUCUAUAGCGAGUUUUCCGAAUAUUGACUAUCUAGAUCCUAUAGUGAGAAAAUAUCAGACGUAAAAAAA